GCAGGAGCUGGGUGUGAAGAUGGCGGACGAGGAGGCCGAGCAGGACCGUAGUCCUGAGAACGGUGUCAGUGAAACGAUCGGGGAACUCAGACAACGGCUGCGAGAGCUGCAAGAAGUGGUGGUUAAAGACAGCGGAGAGGCUCCAACACAAUCCUCCUCCGAGUACUGCCAAGAGUUUUGCAGGACACUGCUGGAGUAUGCGGGCCGCUGGAGGAUAGAGGAAGAGCCCUUGGCGCUGGUGGAAGUGUACGUAGUUGCUCUGCUGAGCUACGCCCAGGCCUCUCCAUACCUCUCACUGCAGUGUGAAAAUGUUCCUCUUGUGGUUGAGAGGCUCUCCCUGAGUUUUGUGGAGCUUCUGCUCUCACUGAAGACGGAUGUUCCUAAUGGCUUAUGGAAGGAGUUCAAGUCAUGUGUGCAGUUUGCUUACAGUGCGCUGCAGGAGAACAGAGUCACCCAGCUGUCCCAGCUCUCUGCUUUGGGCCGGUGUGACGGUGUUUGGACCAACAGAGUCCUGCAGGGCCUUCUGUCCGAGGAGAACCUGCAGACUGAACACGUGGAGGAGUUCCUGGUGCAGGAGGGCCCGGUGCUGUGUGAGAUGAGAGUGAGACAGCUGAUGAAGGAGGAUCAGCAGGGGAAGGCUGCUCUGCUGGCCAAGGUGUGCUCCGAGUGUCGUGCCUUCCAGGGGAAGGGACUUUUCAAGCAGAUGUACCUCGUCUGCCUCUGUGCUACCUCAGCUCAGGACCAGCUGAUGGACGAGCUUUCCAAGGAGGAUUGCCGCGAUGUGUUGGAGAUGAUCUGCAACCUGGAGUCGGACGGAGACGAGAGGGCAGCGCUCAGCUUGUGCUCGGCCUUCCUGACCCGGCAGCUUCUCCAAGGAGACACGUACUGUGCCUGGGAGCUCACUCUAUUUUGGAGCAAGCUGCUGAAGAGAUUGGAGCAGUCGGAGCAAGCGUUCCUCGACCGAUGUCGCCGGAUGUCGUUGCUUUCUAAAACCGUGUACCACAUCCUGUUCCUCAUUAAGGUCAUCCAAUCAGAGAUUGACAGCGUUGGACUGCCGGUGUGCAUUGAAAUGUGCAUCAGGGCUCUGCGAAUGGAAUCGAAUGAUGGGAACACCAAGGCCACGGUGUGUAAAACUAUUUCCUGCUUGCUUCCCACUGACCUGGAGGUCAAGCGAGCCUGCCAGCUGACAGAGUUCCUCCUGGAGCCCACGGUGGAUUCCUACUAUGCUGUGGAGACUCUUUACAACGAACCGGAUCAGAAAGUAGAGGAGGAGAGUAUGCCGGUUCCCAACUCUCUACGCUGCGAGCUCCUGCUGGUUUUUAAAACCCAGUGGCCUUUUGACCCGGAGUUCUGGGACUGGAAGACACUGAAGCGUCACUGUCUGGCACUGAUGGGCGAGGAAGCUUCAAUAGUGUCGUCCAUUGACUUGCUGAACGAUACCGAGGACCCCGAGGAAGAGGAAGACUACCUCUGUCAGGGGGGGUUCAGGAAUAUCCCAGACCACAUCGGCAGUGGCACUUAUGAACUAAACGAUAUAACCGACAAGAGACAGAAGAACAGAGAAAUGAAGAAACUGAGAGAGAAAGGUUUCAUAUCUGCCAGGUUCAGGAACUGGCAGGCGUACAUGCAGUACUGUGUGCUGUGUGACAAGGAGUUCCUGGGCCACAGGAUCGUACGCCAUGCACAGACUCAUCUGAGCGGUGGAGUAUACAGCUGCCCAAUAUGUACUCAAUCCUUUACCUCAAAAGACACGUUGCUUCCCCAUGUGACGUCGCAUGUUAAAGAGUCGUGCAAGGAGAGGCUGACCGCCAUGAAGACGAACAAGAAAUUGGCCGAUCCCAAAACGGCGGCCCCCGUUAUCGCAGCGUUGAAGUCCAAGACGGAAAACAAAGUUCAUGCAAACGGCGCCUCCUUAGGUCAAAAUGGGGGGUUGAGACGGAGUGUUCCGUCCAAAGUGGCCCGGCGGAACAUGGAUAACAGCGAUGACAAUGUGUGCCCGGUCGGGAAAUGCAGAAGGAGCUUCAAGUUUUUCAGAAAUCUCGUUGCGCAUGUUAAAGGUCACGGGGACAACGAGGAAGCUAAGACUUUCCUGGAAAUGCAGAGCAAAAAGGUUGUUUGCCAGUACUGCCGCCGGCACUUUAUUAACGUCACCCACCUGAACGAUCACCUGCAGGUCCACUGUGGCGUGAGGCCUUACAUAUGUAUACAGUUGACCUGCAAGGCGAGUUUCCUGUCCAACACUGAACUCUUUCUACACAGGAAAACACAUUCUGUUUUUAGAGCUAGAUGCAUGUUCCCCAAUUGCGGCAAGAUUUUCAACGAGGCCUUCAAACUGUAUGACCACGAGGCCCAGCAUUAUAAAACGUUCACUUGUAAAGUUGUGGAGUGUGGGAAAGUUUUCCAUUCGCAGGAGCAGCUGGAUUUGCACCAGGAAGGGCACGCCGCCACGCAGGAGGAGGAGGAAAGCCCGUCGUCUGAACUCGUCUCUCAAAAUAUGCAGCCCGGCCCGUCACUCAUUGAACAAAUGCUUUGCAAUCACGCGCCCAUUAAACAAGAGGGUUCACAAGAAACCUGGAAACCAGAGAGUGACGGAAAUUCAAGUAAUGGAAGGCUGGCGGUGUCCAUUGAGAGCUUACUGAAAUCCUCACAACCACCCGUGGAAACCUUCGGACAAUACGGAGUCAAGCAAGAAACGGAAAACACGCCUUGCUCAAUCACCAGUCGGACACAGACUUUAAAUCAUUCUGUUAUUCAGCCUGCGCAUUCCCACUUCUCCGAUCCAAAUGGACCCAGAUGUGGUUCAGGUGCUCAUUCUUUUGAUAACAUGAGACCGCCCCAACAGAAUCAACCAGUACCUCCAUUUGAAGCUAAUUUAGGUAACGUGUCACAUGGCUGUAAUACCGGUGUCUUGCCACAAAUGUUCCCCAGUAAUACUGGAUACAACUCCGACUGCAACUCAACAUUGCUGGGGCCACAAGGGCCCAUGUGUAGCAGCAACCUGUUGACAUUUCCGUUGUCCCAGAACUCCUUAGAGCCAGCAAUGUCCCAACCCCUCCCUCCAACAUUAACCCCUCAGCCUCUAACUGGGAACAGAUCGGAGAACUCUGUGACGAACUCGGGUCCCCCGCCGGGACACAGGGAGCGAUUCCACUGCCCGUUUGAAACGUGCACGAGGCACUACAGCUCCUUCAGAAGCGUGGUCAAGCACAUGAAAACCAUCCACUCAGAGUUCUAUGAACAAUGGAGAGUUGCUCGGACUAAAAUCGAGAUAAGCUACGCUCCGGCACCGAGCACAUCAUCCGUUGGACAUCUCGGUCCGGCCGCCUCGGUUCAGAACCAGCCAGCCAGCGGUGUACCAGUUCAUGGAGUCCAGAGGCAGAACGUCAUCCAAUCGCCUCCUUAUAUUAAUAUGGGUGUACGGUUAAACUGUUCUGCUCUACAUUCCCAUUCCUUAUCUGCCCACAACCAGAAUGCUUCAGUCCGGAUGGAAAACGUUUCAAAUCCCGUCGGCCUCUCUCAGCUGGGAAGGCACACGACUCCAAUAACUACGCAGUCACAAGUUUCAGGUUGUCAAAAUUGGCUCUCGGCUCGUGGAACUGAACAAAUGCAAAACUGUAGCUCUUCCCAAGUCUACCCAUCUAGCAUGCGAGUCGAUUCCUUGCAGUCACCACAGAAUGCAUCCCAGCCAGCUGUGCCCUCGUACAUGGACGGUGCUAAGGAAGCGUCUCAACAAGCAGAAGACCUCAUUCCGCCAUAUACGUCACAGAUGCAAAGCUGUUUAGUCUCCGGUUCCAGGGCACCAGAAAAAACAAAAUCAAUGCAAAGUAAUAUGCACUCUCAUUUUCCCUCUCCAGUCAGUGCGAGCCAAAAGCACAUUAACAACCAACCUCUAAAGGGCCCGGCCGUCUCUGAAAACAACCCUGAAAUUCAAAAGCCAGUCAGAAAAAACAGAAGGACCAAAUGGCCAGCUAUUCUUAGGGAUGGCAAAUUUGUUUGUUGCAGGUGUUAUAGACAAUUUGACAGUCCCAAAUCCCUCGGAGGCCAUUUGUCCAAGCGUGUGAGCUGUAAACCCUACGAUGAGUCGGAGCUCAACACGGACCUGCCAGCUUCCUUUCUCGACCUUCUCAACUCGGAGCAAACGGUUAACGCCGCUCAGCCACCGUCGUCUUACAGUCCUCCUGCCGUUUAUCAGGAGAAGCCCCAUCAGUCGGUAACAAAUGGUUCAGCAAAAGAUUACCUCGCCCCUAACUAUUCACAAGAUAAUUUGCCAGUAUAUGGCAAUGGUGAGUCAAGUGAUGACAUUCUUAAGCAGAUCAUGGCUGAAUCCAACUUGUCCGAUCUUUUUGUUAACACACCUGCUCCCCUGCCAUUGUUCCAAAACCCUUGUGUUCCCUAUUUAGGUGGUGAACGCUUGCCAGGGAGCUCCGUCAUACAGCAUACAGAAAACAUCCAGGUGAAGCAAGAGGACGAUUUGUUCGGUACGGCCCAUUAUCAGCCCGACGUCGAUGCGUUUGAUGGAAGUGAGUUUCCUGACCCACUUCUCUCUCACAUUCUCAAAGAAGAGGCUUCCGCCGCUGCUCCUGAAAGCGGUCUCCACUGUGGACUACUGAACACACGGAGCUUUACCUGUUUCAGAGAGACCUCCACCCCGAAGCAGGAGGUCCUGAGCCCCACACGGGUCCCGGCAAAUGGUGCAGAUCUUGAGCCCGGUCAGUUAUCUGCCGGCCAGCAACAGUGGAUGACAGAAAUUCAAAGUGCAUUUGAAAGGCUCGAUUUAGUCAGAGACAUAUCUGAACAAGCGUCCCCUCCUGUGAAACAAAGUGACAUCCCUACGCAAAGCCAAACCGUAUUCCCAAAGCCCUUUCUCAUGCCGUUUGCUUGUGAGAACUGCCCGUUUAGUUCCAUAUCGAGUGAAGCACUUUGGAAACACCUCGCCAAAGCUCACAACUACACGAUUGAGAUGGUGAAUGUGGUCAAGAAAAAGUACGGCCAAUACGCUCCUUUCAAGUGUGAAAAAUGUAGCAAAAGAUUCACUCGUAACUCAAACCUGCGCGCUCACUACCAGUCCAUUCACAGGUUAUCGGCUAAAGAAAUCGCAGACCUGGAUUUGAAGCGCAGAGAGGCCAAAGCUGCUGCAACUGCUGCUCUUCAAAAAUCUAUAUCUGCAGCAGCGCACACCCCGACGCCCACUUCACUCCAAGACGGGAUCAAACGCGAGUACGCAUCGCAGGCGUUCGUAUCGCUCACUAACAUGGACGUAACCAAUCAGAAAUUUCAAGAUGACAAUCGCUCCACGGUCAUUCAGCCCUUGCAAACCGCCCCCAUGCACAACCAAGCGAUGACUCCACCAGUGCAGGCCCACAGCUCCACAUCAACCGGUCAGUCAGCACGGCAGUGGUCUCAUCUUCAGCGUGCAGGUGGUAAACAACUUCAUGCCCAUUUGCCCGAAAUGUCAGCUCUUCUCACCCAGGCUCUGUCUGCCGCGGCUCAAGCCGACGGGCCUCCGACUCCCGGAAAACAAUCUGCCGUCAACGGGCAGGCAGUAGUUAAGCCAAGCAUAGACAUUACCAAGAAGACGAAAGAGAAGAAGGCCCACUCGAGGGGCGCCAUGAGUCCGUACAGACCCUAUCGCUGCGUUCAUCAAGGUUGCGUGGCAGCCUUCACCAUCCAGCACAAUCUGAUCCUCCACUACAGGGCUGUUCACCAGUCUGCUCUGUCGGCGCUGGAGGUGAACAAAGAGCAGGACCAGAGCGACGACCAGGACGACACGAUGGACCACAGUGAGGAGGAGCCAGAUGUGGACCUCCCCCAAAUUUCAGAGUUCAGAUGCCAAGUCAAAGACUGCUCCCGAGUUUUCCAGGAAGUUCCCCACGUUUUGCAGCAUUACUUACAGCUGCACGGUUUCAGCCUGGAUAAGGUCGGCAGCCUCUUGUCCAGCAUCAAGCUCGGCAGGUUUGCUUGCAGCCAGCAGGGUUGUACGGCCUCCUUCACCGCCUUCUGGAAGUAUAUAGCACACGUCAAAGAGCAGCAUAAAGAUAUGAAGCUGGCCAAAGCGGAUCCGUUCAAUAACUCGUUCAAGUGUGAAAUCGAAGGGUGUGACCGUACGUACGCCACAAAGUCGAACAUGCUCAGACAUUUCAUGAAGAAGCAUGAGGACCUGUACCAGACCAAACUGAAUAAUCAACAGAUAAACGAAGACGGGAUUAAACCCAAUGCUAAGCCUUUGCAUUACCAAAUUACCAAGACGAGUAAUGGGAAGGAAAACAUAGAGAGCAAUAAAAAGAUCCUCCAGAAGGCAAGUGACGCAAAGCGAGUGAACAAGGGGAAAAGCAACCACUGGACUAAAUAUGGAAAACCCUCCCUGAAAUCUAAAGUAGAGGCCUCUUCAAUGUGCACCAAGAAAGUUCCUCAACAAUAUCCAUGUAUGAUUAAAGGCUGCGAUUCAGUCAUGAGAUCGGAGCGGAGCAUAUUAAAACAUUACGUGGAGCACGGACUGUCAGAAAAGUACCUGGAACAGCAAAGGAGUCACUUCAUAUUCUGCAAAAAGUUCCCCAGGCAGAAGUGCCGCUCCAUCAGAAGCGACGAUUCCAAAUCGGAAAACACGUCUGACCAGUCAGACGGCGAGUUCACAUCAGACGCCACCGGCCUGGAAGGAGGGGCUUAUGGGUAUAAGAAGCCCGUCCUACGCAAGAGGACCUUGGCAGGGUCCCCCGCCACAGUGUUCGAAAGCAAAUUAACCAACGAUGAAAGUUCGGAUGGCUCCGUGGUGGUCAAACGCAAGCGGGGACGACCGCGAAAACUGGUAGGAAAAUCUGUGAAACGCAAGAAAAUCCCACGCACGACCAAGGUGGAAGUAGCUUACAGCCGGGACGACGAGUCCGACUCCUCUUGUCCUGCAAUAAUGCAGGAGGACAGCGCUCCGCUGGCCUCUUUCAAACCCAUGGGAUUCGAAAUGUCUUUCCUAAAAUUCCUGGAGCAGUCAAACAAAUGUGAACAUCCGUUGACGGUGACGGUUGGCGUCCCGGAAACGUGGAGAAAGACGUCCGGUGUGAACUCCAGAGACACGUGUGUCCGGUUCAGCAACCGGCAGAACAAGAAAUCACUCAGCAAGGUCAAAAUAAUAAUAGACGGGGCCUUUUCGGGCGUCACCGACCUUAUGUUGAAACAGCUGCAGGACACGCGACCCACAGUGGUAUUGUAAAAAAAAAAAAAAAACACACAAGUGACUCCCGCAUUUUAGUUUUUGUAAAGCAGAACCUCAGGACUAGAAUGAGUAGAAGCUGCUACAGA